AUGGGGCCCGCCCCCCCCUUGCACCACUUGAGACUUUGGACGUUGGCGCUUCUUCAAAUUGCGGAACAUGUCGACUCUGUUACGGGUAUUUGCAUUGGUGGACCAUUCAAUCCUUUCUUUGGACUCGAACCGGUGUUUCUCGAUUUUCUCGAUUUCCUUAAGCUUAGGUUUCUUGGAGAAGGCUCAUCCCGCUUAACCUCCUCGCAUGUGACCUUCCCUUCCUCCUUUACUCUUGGCCGUGGAGCUUCCCUUCAAGCCAUGACCCAGAGCUCCCAAAAAUCUCCAGGGCUGCCCUCGCCGGAGUCGCCCUUUGAUCCACCAGACGGUCGUAUCGCUCAUACACUUACUGCAUGUACAAGGUGUCGACAGCGCAAAUCUCGAUGCGACCCAGGAAUCCCUCGAUGCGCACCUUGUGAACGAAGCAACGCGAAAUGUGUCUACUAUGACUCUACUCGAGAUACCACGAUCCCACGAACAUACAUUGUAUCGUUACGCGAAAAAGCACGCGCCCUUGAGAAGGAGCUCGCCGCUUCCGAGAAGGAUAUUCAACAUGCGGCGGAUGCGGAGUUGAUGGUGCGGGGCGCAGGUCGCAUCCGUUUCCAAGAAAAUGAUGAACCACGAUAUCUAGGUCCCUCCAGUGGCAUUGCCAUGACUCGUCUGGUCAUGGAGAUGGCCAAACAGAAUACCGCCUCCAAAAGCAUCAAAGAUGUCGUCCCCGAAUUUACCGCCCAGGAAAUCAAGGCCGCUUUUGCGAAAGAAGACUCGAAACCGACAUCCAAAGUCUACCCAAUGAUCAGUUCAAUUCCACAACCCGAUUUGCCUUUGCAGGGCCUGACAUACAAGUUGAUCGAUCUUUUUAUAGCCAAAGCACAAGCACUGCUCCCGACUUUACACGAACCAAGCUUUCGACGAGAAGCCGACGAAGUUUUGAAUGGCUCCACCGAUCCUUGCCAUAACUUUCAAUUACGAAUGGCAAUUGCCAUCAGUAUGCAAAAACUCAGCCCAGAGUAUGCCGGUCUCGCAGAUAGCUACUAUUUAGCUGCGCUGCCCUUCUUAGAACCAACAUUGAAAGAAAUGGAUCUGAGAGCAUUGCAAUGUCUGGUUCUCAUUGCUCAGUAUUCAAUGCUAACUCCAACCCGAACUGCUGCAUAUUGGGUUGUAGGGACGGCUGUAAAGCUAUGCCAAGAUCUGGGGUUGACCGAAGAAGCUACUAUUGCGACAUCGCCCGAUGGCCGCAUUCUCAAUCCACUGGAGAUCGAUAUGCGACGAAGGCUCUUUUGGAUUGUCACUUCAAUGGAGUUCGGGCUUUCCCAUUCUCUAGGUCGUGCCAACUGCUUCAGCAUCACGCAUGACAAUAUUGAUGUGGACUUCUUCCAAUUAAUAGAUGACCGAUAUAUCACAAGCGAAGGCAUCACCCCGGGAAUGAAGCCAGUGCUUGGCAAAUGUUUGGCUGUUCAUUUCUUCAAAAUGCGAUUACUGCAAUUGGAAGUUCGGCGAGCACUUUACCUCAAUCGCCGUGAAACCCCUGUCGAUGACCAGGAUCCAUGGUUUUCCUAUAUGUCGGACAAAAUCGACCAAUGGAUGGAAUCUUGUCCAAGACACGACGAUGGUACUGGUUUGAAUGUGAAAUGGUUUCAAGGUAGACGAAACACAAUCGUCAUCCUUAUGUAUCGACCCUCACCUCAGGUACCUGAACCAUCAGUCAACGCAGCCAAAAUAUGCUAUGAAUCGUCAACAUUCAACAUUGCCAUGCAUAAAGAACAGAUGGUCACAGGCUCGGUAGAUAUGACUUGGAUAUUUACCCAAUCCCUUUUCAUGGCCCUCAACACUGUUCUUUGGACACUUUCAUAUCCCGAAAUUCGGAAAGAGCACACGGUCGACGAAGUUCAGAACUAUUUGGAUAUGGCUUUGGAAGUUCUUAUCUUCUCAGCUGAACGAUGGCCUGGUGUACAGUCCGCCAUACUAUUGUACAGACGUCUUGUUGCGGCUUGCUUGAAAGCAUACACAACAGAAGAAUCAUUCGUCGUACAUUCACCAUCCAAUCACCCUACCCCUACUUCAUCACAAGGGAUCAUGACACCCCCGCCCAUGUCUAGCCCUUCUAGCACGACGACCGCUUCCUAUUAUGCUCACAGUCAUCGAGCUGGGACUUACUCGUAUAGUGAUAAUGCAUCUACAGGCACCAUUUCAAGAGGACAAUCUGCCGACCCUUCUGUACCUUUCUCCCAAGAAUCUACACCUCCAGCCAUUGGAGAUGUACUGAACCAGAAUACGGCUCCUCCAGUUUCGAACUACAGUGCGCCACCGUCGUCUACAGCUCAAACGACCACAUCUCAAUACCCAUCCGACAAUUUCUGUGCGCCAAAUUCGCUCUUCUCGGAUAUUUCCAUUGAUCCCUCAAACCCCUACAACUCAAUGCCUUCAGUGGUUCCUGGCCUCCAAGGCUGGGAUCCUAACUUCUCGCUCGCCUCCACCACCGCCAGCCAUCUGGCCUAUGUUGAUGCAACCGUUGAUCCAAUGCAGUGGUCAUCUCCAAUUGGAGAUCAAUAUUCUCAAUACUUCAAUGAACCGUUUCCCGUGCCAUCUUGGCGAGAGCGAACUCUCAGUCAACAGGAGCAAAUUGAGCUCAUGGCAUCAUUGGAGCAUGACAUACCAGAUGUAUCUGCGCAACUGGUUCAUCAAUCCAAUGCAUUUUACCGGUCGUAA